GAUUGCCAUGUAUUUAUGGCACAACCAUGCUGGUCUUCUCCUUCUGCCACUGCAGGUCUUGCAGAAACAUGUCUCUUCUCUAUCUUCUCUAACUACCUUCCGAGAAUUUCUUGCUGGGCGCUCGAUGCUCUUGGACCCUUUAUGCAGACUUCAUCCCGUGACAAGUCUUCCACUGAUCAGUUUAAUCUGCAGGUAGAUACCAGCAUCUCUUUUCCAUAUCUGAAGGCCUGAAUUCCAAACAAGAGAGCUCGAAACAACAGUAAUGGGUUGCUUCCCUGUGUUCUGGAGGAAGAAGAAUUCCAGAAGCCAGAUUGUGCAACAUGACCAAGACAUCCCAAUCACGGGCAAUGUGAAAAUCUACUCGUCAAAGGAGCUGAGAAAAGCCACAAGAAAUUUCUGCCCGGGAAACAUGCUUGGAGAGGGUUCUUUCGGCCGGGUCUACCUGGGAAAGUUGAACAAGGGCGAGAAAGUGGCCAUCAAGGUGCUCUCCUCAGAGUCGAGGCAAGGAACAAAGGAGUUCCUGAACGAGUUGAGUGUCAUAUCCAACAUAACUCACCACAACCUAGUCAAGCUGCAUGGCUGCUGCGUCGACGGAGGCCAAAAGAUGCUGGUCUACAAUUACGUGGAGAACAACAGCCUUGCACAGACCCUUCUCGGUAAUUCCCGCAGUGGCAUCAGAUUUGGCUGGAGAACGAGGGUGGAUAUCUGCAUCGGUGUCGCUGACGGGCUCACCUACCUUCACGAACAAGUCCGCCCACGGAUCGUCCACCGCGACAUCAAAGCCAGCAACAUCCUUCUCGACAGAAACCUGAGGCCCAAGAUAGCAGACUUUGGGCUGGCCAAGUUCUUCCCGGGCAACAUGACACACAUCAGCACCAGGGUUGCGGGGACGCUAGGAUAUCUUGCACCAGAGUACGCCAUCCGAGGGCAGCUGACCAGAAAGGCCGACGUCUAUAGCUUUGGUGUGCUGCUGCUGGAGAUUGUCAGUGGCAGAUGCCACACUGAUCCCAGAUUACGCCUUGACGAGCAGUUCCUCCUAGAAAAGGUCUGGACACUUUACGAGUCCGACGAUCUCGAGAGCAUCAUUGACAGGACACUGAAGCGCGAUUUCGACACCGAGGAAGCACGCCGGUUGCUGAAGAUAGGUCUUCUGUGCAUCCAGGAUAGCCCCAAGAUCAGGCCCUCCAUGUCAACGGUCGCCAAGAUGCUGAAGGGUGAGUGCGCUGUGAGUGACAGGAUCAUGAGGCCCGGCCUGAUCACGGACGUCAUGGACCUGAAAGUCAGAACAGUAGAGCCGGUUCAGUUCAGCUUAUCCCCGUCGAUGUCUCCUGCACCGAGCAGCUCACUGGUGUCCACGGUUGCAUUAGCUGGUGGUAGCACUGUUGUAGAGAGCCCCUGACGGAGCUAGUUGAAGGACCAGGUGUCUACCAAAAAAACUGGGCUGUAAAAUUGCAAGCAACAUGAAUUAUUGCUUUUGUUCAUGUUUUAGUACAUUGUUGUAACAUAGAUUAUGUGUUCUCCGAAUUGUUGUAAGUCAAGAUUGUGCGCUGCCGAGGCAGUUGUCGAGUUAUCGCUUGACCUCUU